AUGCAGUUCACUGCCAUCAUGCAUUGUCUGAUGAGAAAUAUUGUACCGAACCGCAAGAGGAAGGGUGUAGACGGAGGCAUGCACGGCAUGCAGCUCAGGAAUCUCACUAGUCCGCUUUUAUACAGCAAGAGCUUUCCUGUGGUCGAUGGUGUGCAAUUUGCAGGAGGAAGCGCUUCAGACGUGCCUGACAACCCCAUCUUCACAGCUCUUUCACCGGACUUUGAUGCAUUUGCAGCGGCGGUGUCUUCUCGUGGAAUUCGUAUUGCGGUGGUGACUUUUGGAGACCCAAAGGCAAUCGCUUCGAGGCCAGGUCGUAUAGCAGGCGAGCAGCUCGUGCGGCGGGUACUUGGAGAGAGCACUGCCUCGUUUGAUGUCGACGCUGUGUUCGCUUUCUAUCCUUCGCUUUACAAACUGCCUGCUGAUUACGAGCCCCUGGGUUUAGACAGGCCUAUGCCUUACAACAAAUCCUUCCACAUUGGCAAGCUUCUAGAGCGGUUUGGUGUUUCCAAGGAGGAAGUAUUGCUAAUUGACGACGAUCUGAGCAACUGCGUGGCCUUCGCAGCUGAUGGGGGCGUUUCGAUGCGGGUGGGUGGCGACCAAGGGUUCGAUUUUGCCACUUUGGAAGUCAUAUAA